AUGUAUGAAGCCUCUCAUUUCCCCUCUUCAGGGGCCACACCGCCAUACACCCUUCAAACACCCCCCAGACAACCCCAGACACCCCUCAGAAACCCUUCAGACACCCCUCAGACCCCCCUCAGACCCCCCCAGACACCCCUCAGACCCCCCCAGACACCCCUCAGACACCCCUCAGACACUCCUCAAAAACACCCCAGACACCUCUCAGACACACUGUCACCCCAGACCACCACUCAGACACCCCUCAGACACACCCAGACAUCUCCAGACCACCCCUCAGAAACCCCUCAGACCCCCCUCAAACACUCCCAGACCCCCCUCAGACAACCCUCAGACACCCCAGACCACCACUUAGACACCCCCCAGACACACUCAGACACCCCUCAAAAACCCUUCAGACACCCCUCAGACCCCCCCAGACACCCUUCAGACCCCCCCAGACCCCCCUCAGACACCCCUCAGACACUCCUCAAAAACACCCCAGACACCUCUCAGACACACUCAGUCACCCCAGACCACCACUCAGACACCCCUCAGACAUCUCCAGACCACCCCUCAGACACACCCAGACACCCUUCAGACCCCCCCAGACCCCCCUCAGACAUCCCCAGACACCCCUAA